CUUUUAAUUAUCUGCAUGAAAAUUAGAACGAGUCCUGUUUUAAAGUAGACAAAAACAGUUAAACAUAACCGGAAAACGAGAACAAGCGGAACAAAAACAAAACAAUAUGUAAAAUUGCUACCUAACAGUACAUCCGGGUUGUGUUUUGUAUCUUACAUUUAGUAGGUAUUCGGGUAUGUGAUGAUACUGUAGAUUAGUAAGCCUUGUUUUCGCCUUAUAUAUUUUUCUGGACUCGUGCAAGAAUAAACUGAACUAGUUUAGAAGAUGUAAUUUUGAAAGAAGCUGUUUAACUUCUCAGCGGCUUGAAUCAACCUGCGCUAGCUAUGCGCCGUUAUGUUGCGCAGACUGGACUGGGCUUUGCGCUGUAUAAGUAAAGCUGCCAUGUCGACGCUGUGAUGGCGGGAGCGCAGAGGACGCGCGGCCUGAAGCUACAAACAUGACGCGACCCUCUCGCAGCAAGCUGACUCCGUGGAUCGAGCAGCUGAUCGUGAACUAUGGCAGCCAGGAGGCGGGCGGCGGCUGCGGGCGACUGAAGGCGCACGUCAUCGGCGUGGGGCAGCUGUCUCAGUCCCAGGCGGCGCAACAGGCCUGUGGCGGCCCGUCAGGGCUGCUCUUCCUGUCGGACGGUGCGCUCCAGAUCCCAGCUGUUCUCACGGCAGCGGCCUGGGAGAACCUGCAGGAGCAGGAGGACCGCGAGUGUUUCACCAGCCUGGUCAACAGCACAGUGUGCAUCCAGGACUACCGCCUGCAGUUCCUCAUGGCCCCAGAACAGACCAGGUGCAGGUUCAUCUUGUCAGUCGGAGAGCUGGCUACAACCGCAGCCGGUCCAGUCAAAAACAGCACCCCUUGCUGCACAACGCUGCCCUCGGUCAGGCUGAAGGUCAUCAAGACUUGGAAGGCCCUGCAGGGCGUGGAGGAGUCCCAGAGGAGCCAGUGUGUUGGGGCUGAUCUGUCAGAACUGCUGGGAGAGUGGCAGCAUGACUGUCUGCAGGAGGUUUUGCGGGAUGUAAGAGACCGGCUGACGGUAGCCAGCAGCUGCUCCCGUAGCCCGCAACCAUCCACCUCAGCGUUUACACCAGCGCCGCCCCACCCACAUGUAGCCACUGCCACGAGCUGGGAUGUCGACAGGGUCAGGAACAAGGGGGCCAGCAGCUUCAGUGUCCCGAUCAAGUGUCUUUUAAUCCCAGAGGAAGAUGCUUCAGGGCUGCAAACGUCGGUGGGAGGCAGGUCUGGGGACAGAAAGGGACCAGAGCUGUGUGAGCCUUCAGGCGCCACACAGGCGCACGUUGACGCUGCAGAGACCGCGUUGAACUCACCUCCUCAUCUAGACGACUGCACGCCACACAAGCCUGUGCUUGCAGGAUGGACUGAUGGUGACCUCAGGCCUUUAGCCGAUCCCUGGGACAUUUUCCCCCCACCACAUGUCACUUCCUCAUCCUCUGACUCUUGCCCAGAAGUGUCACCUCCCCACUCUCUGCACAAGCAGGAUGCAGCUACACCCAAGCUUGUUCACGCCGGGAUCUUAACCAGCACACAGCUUCCUGUCCAGCCGUCAGAGCCCAGCUUCAUCCCUCCGUACCAGAAACCACUGGACUUAACUGGUCCCUGUAGUACUUUGGCUUCAUCGCCAUCCACAAAGGACCACAGUGCGUGUGCAGAACAAACUCUGAAAGAGGAAAGCAAGAUGCUUGGUGAGGACAUGGCAGAGUGUUUUGAGGAAACGCAUGGAAAGGCCAAGAGAAAGAGAAGCGAUCCUACUUCAAGAGCACCUGGCCCCUUAGGGGAGGAGGAGGCCCAGUUCAGUGGGAGCCCGCCAUCGUGGCUCUUUGAGACUCAGGCAGGUCGUGGGGCAGGAGAGGUCAGUGCUGAUGGAUGGGGUCCAAGCGCAGGGUCCAGGAAAAUCCCCACAGUCCACAGCGACGGAAAGGCCUUCUCUUACUCAUACCAAGUGUCUGGACAGAACCUACAGGAUUUCAGUCGCUUCAGAGUGGAUGAAUCACUGGUGCAGUGGGCUGUCAAGAUCCUUGUUGUUCCAAAACAAGAUGCGCUUCACGCAUCUGGGAACUCUAGAACCGACACAGUCUGCCAGGAACAACCUCACUGAACUGUGGGCUCCAUAGUGAAGCAGGGUUCCUGCGGUUCCAGUUCUUUCAGUUAAGCAUAUCUUGGACUGAGUGUUGGUCCCUGUUACCAGGCUGAAUUAAACACAUUGUAUGUAUUUUGUGCACUAAAAAGGAGAAUAGUGUGAAUCUUCUGUGUUUUAAACUCCUCCAUCGCUGUGUCUGCAGGCGUUUCCUUGUUGAGUUGUAUUCAUUUCACAUCCAACUGAAACCAUUAUCUUUCUGUCUAGCUGUAAAUAAAAAUGUUGACCAGA